AUGGACGAAGAAGCAUCAUUUUCAGCAUUGUUAUCAUCUACCACUAAACCUUCCAGACCAAGUUGGGACGCACCGGUAAACUCAUCAGAUGAUCCAUGGGCGAAUCCAUUUUCAGAUUCUACAACGACUACUAUACCCGUUCCCACCCUUGAUCCCUACACGUCAUCAUCAUCGUUAUCGUUUACUCCAGGGCAUUUAGACACUGCUAUACCUACUUUCAGUGAUAUACCAGAUAUUUCAAAUGAAGAGGUAUCGCCAUACGUUCAAAAGAUACACCAAGACGCAGAAGAAGCCGCAGCUGUUGCAAUCGUUACUCAAGUGGAUCCCCCAAGUGUCAUAGCUGCUAGAGAGCAGGAACAACAAGGCUUCGAAGAACCUCAUGGGGUUUAUGCAAGUAGUUCAUUCAAUACUCCACUUCCAACAAUAUCCAAUACGAAUCAUGAUUCGAAUCCAUUUGACAAUACAAUAUCAAAUUCAGGUUUAUACAACCCUCCUCCUCCUGUUGAUCCGGCUCAGCAACCAUUCAUUCAACAUCGUCACGAACAGAUUGAACCCUCUCAACCUGAGAAUGACUCAUCCAAAGUAGAUACCAUAAUACCUACUACAAAGGGAAGAAUGCUACCUUCAGCUUUGAUAGAUGAAGAUUUAAUGGCUGAAUCAGAUCCUGAACAAUCAUUGAAAAAAGCUUUUGUCAAAUCAACUCCAACCCAAAGAAAACCAGCUGCUCCUGCAAGUGGGGCUACAAACGGCGACAAAACACCGGAAAAGAAAUCUUACAUCUUCACUCCUACUUCAAACAAGCAACCAAAGCCGAAUGGGAAAGAACAAACGGAUCAGAAAGUAGAAGAUAGUGAUAAAGCGGAUGACAUUCAGCCAAAGGAAGAAGAAUCCACCAAGGAAUCCGCUGAUUCAAAGGCAAACACAAGUGAACCAGAAGUAGAGGAGCAAAAAGAAGGCGAAGAUCCUGAGGGAAAGCCAUCUGCUGAAAGCACACCUAGGAAAGAAACAGUUCCACCUAUCGUCGAAGAACGCGGAGCUACUCCUACAGCACCCUCUUCACCUACAUCAAUACCUUUACCCACUUCUUCAUCUGCGACACCUACGAUAUCCAGAGUACCUACUCCACUUCCUCCUAGACCAGAUGCAACCGAUUCAUCUUCCGUCUUAGCUACACCCUCAUCAGAUCGAGUGUCAGUCUCACCGCUGGAUGCUCCAUCCGUGCCUGCAGAAGAAGACUAUGGGUUCAAAUCACUUUCCAUAGGUGGAUCAGCGAUGACUUCUACUCCCACUCCAGCGGCACCUCCAGUCCCGGAGAAAGAGUGGAGCUCGUCAGCUUCAAAUUCCGACAUUACCAGUCCGCCAAGUUCAAGAUUCGGUGGGAAAGGCUGGGGAGUACUAGAUGAUCAAGACGAAACACAAGAGGGUCUGUUCGGUAAAGGUGGACCUGCAUCUAGCGUUACACCAUGGAGUGUCAAUGACACAUCAAGCGGUUGGGGCGAAACUUCGAUGGAAGAUGUUUUGGCUUCUUCUGCUGCAAUUGCUGGACCAUCAAGAUCAUUUAGUGAUACAAAUGGCUCUUCCUCACUCACUUCACCCAUCCGAACAACUUUCUACGGAUCUGACCGUGAUGAACCUGAAUCACCUAAUGAAAGUAUGUCAAACUCUAAUUCAAAUGUGACACCAACAACAUCACCUCGAAAGAAAUUAUCAAGUUUACCCGUAUUCCAAAUCACCGUAUCCGAUCCUACAAAAGUAGGGGAUCCAGUCCGAGGAUAUACAGUUUACACAGUUCGGACUCAAACCACUUCGCCUCACUAUCGAAAAGGAUCAUUUUCAGUUUUAAGAAGAUUCUCAGAUUUCUUAUGGCUGAUAGAAAUUCUCACCUUCAACAAUCCCGGUAUAAUCAUACCUCCCAUGCCUGGUAAACAUACUUUUGGUAGAUUCCAAGAUCAAUUCAUUGAAACUCGUCGCUCAGCUUUAGAAAGAUGUUUAUCGAAAGUAACGAAUCAUCCUGUAUUACAGUUAGAUCCAGAUCUAAGAACUUUUUUGGAAAGUGAUUCGUUCGCAUUCGAUAGUAAGAAUCGUAAGAAUGAAGUCAUCGCAAUUGAAAAGCAGUCAGCAAGUUUAUUGAAUGUGGGUGGAUGGACAGGACCUAAAUUUAUUGAACAAGAUGAUUGGUUUGAAAGUAGAAAGUCAUUCCUGGAUUCUUUAGAAAAUCAACUAAAAUCUCUAAGUAAAUCAAUCGAAACAUCCUCAAAGCAAAGAUUAGAUUUAUCAUCGUCCAUAAACGAAUUUGGUGAAUCGAUAAUUGCAUUAUCGGAAUCUGAUCUAGGUGCAUCACUUUCAUCUGCAUUGAGUCAGUUGGCAAAUAUAACUGAAAGGGAAAAAGAACAUUUUGAAGAUCAAGCAAAGGAUGAAGUUGUCACUUUAUUAAAUAUGGCUGAUGAAUACAUCAGAUUUAUACAAUCUGUUAGAAUCGCUUUUGCGGGUAGAAUCAAAUCUUGGAAUCAAUGGCAAUCAGGUGAAAAAGAUGUAACUAGAUUGAAAAGUCAGAGGGAAAAAUUAAGAUCAACGGGUAAAUUGGGUGAUAGAGCGAAUCAGACUCUGGCUGAAAUUGCAGAAGCAGAGAGAACAGCUCGUGAACUUCACUCGACAUUCGAACAUUUAUCGAGACUUACCAAAUCUGAAUUCGUAAGAUUCGAAAGAGAAAGAGUAGAAGAAUUCAAAUCGACCUUGGAAAAAUACCUGAAUGGCAUGAUCGAAAAACAAAAAGAAUUGAUUGAAUUAUGGGAAGCCUUUCAUAAAUUAUUAGCUGGUUUAGUGGAAAAAAGUUCAAGUUCAAACUCUAAGAAUCAAAAUAAUGGUGAUUGA